AUGGACCAGAUGGAAGCUUUUCCACAGCCUGCAUUGACGCCACCAAUAGCUGCUGACUAUUGCUGUGGAAGAAAAUCAGCUCACCUGGCCACCAUUCAUUCUCAGGAAGACAAUGACUUCCUCAUGCUUUUAGGGAUAGCAAGAUCGACACGAUGGAUUGGUUAUCACUAUCAUAAAUCUGAAACUAGAUGGGUUGACAACUCUACAAUAGACUUCAUCAACUUUGGUUAUACCAAUACCAACCUCACAAAUGACUACUGUACUUACACAGACGAAGUCGGCUACUGGAGGCAAUCAGCUUGUUUAAACUUUGAAGUAAAGGAUGUCGCCUGUGAAAGAUCUGCAAGGUGUAAGCCUUUGCCUGUUGUGGUCAAUGGAAGCUACUCCUCUAGCCUGGUGGCAGACAUAGGCACCACAUAUGUUUACUCCUGUAACCCUGGCUAUAUACUGGCUGACUCUCACAGUGGAGCCGUCACCUGUCUGGAGGUGGGCAGGGAAUCACUUUGGACAGUGCCACCUAUAUGUACUAGUUUACUGGGGAGUAACUUUGAGGUAUAUAUUGGUCCUACACUGUAUGGGCUACAGCUCAACUCUGCGGUAAAGUCCUAUGAUGCCCUUUGUGCAGUGGAUUGCUACAACAAUGCAGACUGCUCAGUAUUUGUGUUCAAUCCAACUUCACUGGAAUGCAUAACCUGCUCAAACAAAUCAGAAUCUAGCCAGAGUGGACUGGUCAGUCUGCCAAGUUAUGAGAUUUGGACACGCAUUUAUAAUUAUUGUGGACCAGUUCCCCAUGUAGAACAUGCCUCCUACAAUGUGACAGGAACAGGACCGGGCAGUAAGGUUCAGUACCAAUGUCAAGGUCAUUACAGGAUAGACAGAAUGACACCUGGCACUCUCACCUGUAAUAACCAGGCAUUGUGGGACCAACAUCAACUUCCUGUCUGUGUCUCUCGAUUUGAAAGGACCAAGAUUUUCUCUUCUGGCUAUAGGAGUGGGAAAGCUGUGUACAAGCUUUACUCCAUUGUUGAAUGUGAGCUGGCUUGUAUGGAAGAGACCCAGUUUCGCUGUGUCAGAUGUUCAUACUAUCCAGGUGUCUGCUACCUAUUUGACAAACCUCACUUAGGUAACCGUGGAGACUACAUUAACCUAGAUCGUAAUGGCUUUGUUUCUUCAUCAGAAUCAUCUGAACUGAUUGAUGCUGACCUUGAGGAAUUUGACCUUUGGUAUCAUCAGACGGUUGAGAUUCAGGAUGGGGAGCUGCUACUGGCUACAGAUGGACAGUCAGCAGAAUUGUGUGCCCAGACAUGUAUCUACCAUAACUGUUCCUUCUUCUCGUACCAUUGGCUCAAUUUGACAUGUGCUGUGUUUGGAGGAGGUCCACCAGUAGUUACUCCAGUACCUUCGGAUUCAGAUAGCCAGUUGUACAUAAGAAGAUAUGGUUGUGCUGCUCCCCCGACUGUGGCCAGCGCUAGGGUGGAAAUGGUCCUACAGCAGGUUCAAGGUUCCUACAGUAUUGGAGACAGAGCACAGGUGGAGUGUCUCAUCAGUGGGGAAGAGAGAGUUAACAACCAUGACGGUGAAAUUGUAUGUCAGAAGACGGGGCAGUGGUCAAUCCCACCAGCUUGUAGAAAUCUUUGUCCAGAUGGUUGGUAUAUGAAGGAGUACAUAUGUUACAAGCUAUAUGAUGGUGUUGUGACAUUUUGGGAGGCGUAUGAUGCCUGUCACCUGGAGGAUGCAGGACUUGUCAAUAUUCAGACAGUAACAGAACUGGAGUCCUCCAUCGUUGAUGUUUGGAACUGGACAAAUGCUGUUCCUGCAUCGUACUGGCUGGGAGCCUACACAGAUGUGGGAACAUGGAAAUGGAGUGAGAGACUUGCUGGUGAUAUACUGAGUGUGUUACCUUCCCUUUCCACCCCCACUCACUCAGAUCGCCUGGGCGUGGCUGUAGACAUCCCUGGAGGUGCUGUUAAUGAAGUUCCCGUCACCGACGCAAAGCCUUUUAUCUGUGAAAAGGCUGCUGCAAAAUUGGUUUGCCCGACUGGAUGGGAGAAAUAUCAGAGUCACUGCCUGAAAGUGUUCUAUGAUAUGGCCAUGAACUAUACUGACGCCAUCAGCUCUUGUCAGACAGAGGGCGCCACUUUAGCCAGUGUGCCUGCAGUCUUCGCAGCUGAUGUUAUAGGGGAUUUAGUUACUGCUGCUGGUGAAAUUAAAGCCUACAUAGGGCUACACAAACCUAUCACUGGCAUGUACAAGUUUGAGGAUGGUACACAAUUGUUACACAAAUACUUGAUGACCCAAGAAAGUAGCAAUGAUCAUUUAUAUGAGAAGUGUGGCACACUAGAGCAGGACUAUUUAUUUGGAACAACUCCUUGUACAGAUCUGCUGGCUUAUGUGUGUCAAAAACCUCUAGAUGAGUUUGGAAUACCUACAGACUUUUCCAACUUGCCAUGUUCAACAGAUUAUUAUUGUAAUGAUACCAACCUUGUAUGUUCACAAUGGAAAGAUAAAUCUACCUUCCUACCUCCAAGAUGUGUAGGUAUUGACUGUCCCCAACCAUGGGUGUACAUCAAUGGCCGAUGUUAUCUGUAUAGCCAUGAAUUACUCACUUUUGAGGAUGCCUUUGUCAGUUGUGUGGAGGCUGACAGUGAAGUGUUUGUACCAAACACUGUAAAGGAGAACUACGACAUUUUCUUCUGGUUACGAUCACUUCAAAAUCACCCAACUACUGUUCACAUUGGUAUAGAGAAGUUGAUGGGUCCAACACAUAUAUCUAUGGAUACGAGAAAAACACCAAGCUUUAUACGUUCUGUGACAAGCAGCACAAGUUAUUGCCUAGGAGUGAGUAACACUGAUCAAGGGACAUGGAAGGGUGUGGCUGGAGAUGUCACUAUCGGGAAAGUGUGUGAGAGGGGUCCAAAACCAAAACAGCCAUAUGAUUAUCUGUACGAGGGAUGUUACACAGAGGUGGUCAGUGAGGAACAUCGCGACUUGUCUGAGAGAACACUGUUGGACACUGCCAUGACAGUUGACUUGUGUGCCACUCAUUGUAAAGGCCAUGGAUUCAAGUACUGUGGCAUAGAGGCUGGAAAUACCUGUAGGUGUGGCAACACCAGGGGGCGCCAUGGAAGAUUAGCAACUACUUCCUGUUCUAGUCCUUGUCCUGGUAACAAUACUCAGAUCUGUGGUGGAAAUAAUGUUAUAGCAGUGUACAGAGUAACAGGUAAUUAG